GAAAUUAGGGCUCUUGGUUAUAUAUCAAAAACCCCCCCAAAUUUAUCCCGCCAUUUUUGUGUGUGUGAGAUCGUCCAUGGCUAAUCAGAUAGAGAAUUUGUGGAGAGAAGUGAGAGAAUUGAGCUUAGGAACUGAAAUCGAUCAUCUUGCCUCUCCGCCGUCUCCGGUACAGUUUCUCCGAGAUUACGUCUCCCAGAGCAAGCCUUGCGUAAUCUCCAACGCAAUCGCUCAUUGGCCGGCUCUAAAACUCUGGUCGGACCCGGCGUACCUCACCGGAGCUCUGUCAAAUGACCUCGUCUCACUACACCUCACCCCUAACGGCUGCGCCGACGCCGUCAGUCAAGGGAGCACCGGAGAUCUCUGUUUCGCUUCGGCUCACGUCGAGAAGGUUCCGUUCCCGGAGGCUCUUCAGGCCGUUCGAUCGUCGUCUAAGGGAAAAAGUGUCGCUUAUCUGCAGCAGCAAAACGAUUGUUUCAGAACGGAGUAUUCGACGGUUGCUUCAGAUUGCGACGGCGACAUCUCGUGGGCUACGGAGGCGCUUGGUUGUUCGCCGGAAGCUGUGAACCUUUGGAUAGGCACUGAUCUCUCCGUGACUUCUUUCCACAAAGACCACUACGAGAACCUAUACGCCGUCGUUUCAGGGGAGAAACAUUUCCUUCUCCUCCCUCCCACCGAUGUACACCGCCUCUAUGUCCGACGAUACCCAGCCGCCAAUUACUCUUACUACCGAGAUAGUGAAGCGUUCAAGCUUGAGCUUGAGCAGCCAGUUAGGCAUGUGCCAUGGUGCAGUGUUGAUCCAUACCCUUCACCAGAGAGGGAAGCAAGUGAGAGAUUGAUAUAUCCAUUGUUCUUUGAAGGGCCAAUGCCGUUUCAUUGUACUGUCAAGGCUGGAGAGAUUCUUUACCUGCCAAGCAUGUGGUUUCACCAUGUUAGUCAAACCCCAGGAGAUGGUGGCUAUACUAUUGCGGUGAACUAUUGUAAGAGUUGUACUUCCUCUAUUUGUCUUCAGGGUAUGACAUGCAGUUCGACAUAAAGUACGCUUAUUUCAACUUCCUGCAAUCAGUAUCAUACGAGUCAUCUUCACUCAAUCCAAUUUUGUCGUGGAGAGAAGACGAAGAUUCGGAAUCCGGUGAUGCAGAUGUAUGAAGAGAUGAAAAAAAUUUGUUUGCUAAGUUUAUUAGUCAUAGUAGAAAGCCUGGAGAAGAUAUUAACUUUUCAUUUAGGACUAAGGAGAAGUGUCUGUAUGCUGUUUAUUUCAUCACUUGUCAUGCCCAUUGGUACUAUUCCAUGAGUUUUGUCUCCCAGAAAGUCUACAGAACCAUAGAAUCAUUGAAAAUUUCUGAACUGUAUCUCUUUCGUUGAUGACUUUAAGUAUAAAAGGGAUUAGUUUCUUGUGUCUUAAA